AUGGAUUUGGAAACAGCACGUGCCAAUUAUCCAAACAGACUAGAGAGGUUAGAAGAAGAACGUCUUAUGGACAUGCCUUUCGAUGUUAGUGAACCUCAAGUUGAAGGACACGACGGCUUUGCCAGAUUCUACUGGAAACAUGACGAACAAUUGCAUCCUUUGAGAAGGAAAAAAGGAAAAGGUGAAGACGCACAUGCUCCCAUGGAAAGAACAAGAUAUUCAUAUGAAAAGUAUCGUGAAGUUAGAAGUCAAAUUACAUCUGGUCGAACCUUUACAGUAAACUUUGACGAAGGAAAGAACAAAGAAGGCUUCAUGGGUGUACUUGCUGCAAUUCAAGACGGAAAUAAGAAAGGACACAAUCUCAGAUUGACCAUAACAGAUUUGGAUGGUCACAUUUACUAUGCACAUGGCAAUGAACAAACAGCCGCAAAACUUCUUGACGCUUUCAAGACUACAAAGAGAGAACAAAUGGUUGACUCCGACUCAGACAUUUUGAAUGCAAUUGAAGGAAUUGCAAGUGUCAAGUUCGAAUGGUACCAACCUAACCCUCAAGCAGUCAGACAACAUGCUGGAUACUUCCCGUUCAUAAAUAAGUCUGACAUUGACUUGACAAGGUAUGGAAUUUACAAUUCAAUUGAAACAAUUGUCAAUGAACCUUGCAUUCUUACAUGUCUCAGGAACUCUGGUCUUGUUACAGAUGAGAAGAUGAAGUAUCUUGAGUCAUGUGUGAAGACAAGGUACAUUCUCAGAGGUCAAUUGGCAAAAAUUGCACCGUUGGCAAAUGUCAAUAUCCGAGUCAACAUACCUACAGCUAAAGGUUCUUCACAUGACGACUAUGUUGUUGACAAAGACUUACCAUG